AUGGAUCGCCAUUAUUUUUUAUUUGCUUUUUGCGACUGGCCUUUACAAACAACCCCGAGCUUCGUCGACUCCGACAGCAUGUAUAUAUCAGGGGCGGCCGUCCACGUUAUUUCCCUUUCUUUUCUACAUGGCGAUUUCUACACUGUCUGUCGCCCACCCCCGCAAAGGGCAAAAAACCUUCGAACUUCUGAUGAUCAGCGCCUCACUCUCGAUACCCUUCAUGUAUCUUUUCCGUUGCUUGCGUGCUAUUUUGAUUACCCUCCAUUUGACCCCGCAGGUUCGAAGCUAGUUCCCCUAUCAGUUUCUAGUGGUGUGGUGUAUGCAUGUUCUCAAAACUUUUAG